CACGAGAACUGCACCUUCCACCAUGACCUGGAGCUGGACCACAGGCCUCCCACCAGGGAGGCUCUGCUACCUGACAUGGCCAACUCUUACAAACUACUGCUCACUGGUCUCGGAGAAGAUCCUGAACGUGAUGGCUUGCUAAAGACUCCAGAACGCGCUGCUAAAGCCAUGCUGUUCUUCACUAAAGGAUAUGACCAAAGCUUGGAAGAUGUCCUGAACAACGCAAUCUUCGACGAAGACACCGACGAGAUGGUGGUGGUGAAGGACAUUGAAAUGUUCUCCAUGUGCGAGCACCACUUGGUGCCUUUCUACGGCAAAGUCUCCAUCGGUUAUCUACCGCAGGGCAAGAUCUUGGGACUGAGCAAGCUUGCCAGAAUCGUGGAGAUUUUCUCCCGCCGUCUCCAGGUACAAGAGCGCCUUACCAAGCAAAUCGCUAUUGCGGUCACCCAGGCAGUGCGACCUGCUGGAGUCGCCGUUGUCGUUGAGGGAGUCCACAUGUGCAUGGUGAUGCGAGGAGUUCAGAAGAUCAACAGCAAGACGGUCACGUCAACCAUGCUUGGAGUCUUCCGGGAUGAUCCUAAGACCAGGGAGGAGUUCCUCAACCUUGUCCAUUCCAAGUGAGAAGCUGGCUGGAACUUGGCGUUCUUUUGGCUUCACUUGUGUUCUGAUGUCUUGGCUUUGUUUAUGAUCUAUUUUUAAGUAUCAUCUCGGAGCGUAUAUUACUUUUCCUAUCUAUAUCAUAAACGUGAAAGCUUGUGUAUUUGUUUUCAGGUAGAAUGACUUGUGUUACCUGUUUUGGUAUUGCAAAUAUCAUUUUCAUUCGCGACAUUGAUAUAAUAAUUGAUUUUUGUGAUUGAAUACUCCGGAUGAUUGUGAAAUAACUGGCACAUGGGACUUUUCAACUUAUAUCUUAUGGGUGACGGGCGCCAGUGGCAGUUCCCCCAGAUCUUUGGGUUUUGAAGCUUUUUGGCACUGCAACUGUUAUUGACAGGCGUGUCGCUUACAAUCAGGCGCACGACUCGUCCGUCCCGCCACUUGGUAUCAUCAAAACAGAUUAUAUUACAUCAACAUAGAUAUUACAUCAAUUCUUUUGUAAGAAGAUACAAGUUUUAAAAAUAUACUAAUAGUAAAUUGUGAAAAGCUACUAAGAUUCGACACUCGAUUGUCCAAUUUAUCCGAAAUAGACUCUACUCAGGGCUCGAUAAAAUCUAAUCCAUUCAUUCAUAUAGUCUAAUUAACUGGGCCAAUGGAAUAUUCUUCAUUUUAGUAACGAUUGUGUCAAUACACGCUCUGUGAUAGAUACUUCUACUGGUUUUAUUUGUAUUUCAUAAUAUCUAUAGCCGUUUUAUUAUUUUUUGUUCCUGUGCAAAUGUGUUUUAAUGUUAUAAACAGAGAUCGAAAUACUCAGAGUGUACAAAUUAAAUUUCCUUGAAAUUCCAUAAUGAUUAAAAAAGAGAUAACAUACCUUUGUGACGAUGCGACCUCCUUCAUCGUCAUCCCACUUUUUAUCAGACUCUUUUUCUGGUUUCUGGCCACUUACUUUUGAAAUUUUGAAUCGUUCUCUAAUUCCUUUCCUUCGUUAUUCUUACUUUGGCUCGUUUGGUCGUCACUCCCAUCAAAAUGCUCAAACCGAGAGGUCGUGCCAUCUUUGUAGUAAAUUUAUACUUUUCAUACAUUGACUUACAAAUAAAUGGACGACGGGUCUAACACAAAAACCACGAAAAAAAUGUCCCAAGUCAACCUAUUUAAACCUUGAAUUUAAAUUGUAAUGUCAUCGCAGUAC